GGAGCCGUGUAGCCUGCUUGCUCGCUACAUCUCUUUUUGCGAAUUGAUUGUAAAAUCGGCAAUAAUUUAUUUAUAUUGCCUUUGAUCAAUUCAUAUUCUAUCGUAUUCUUUUCUUAGUUUGCAAAUUAUUAUUUUUUACUACAGACCGCUGCAUUCUACCAGCUACUACGCCUUCCUUAUUCUCCUUACCAGGUUCCCGGACCCCUUCCUCCCAGCAACAUCACCACGUUCAACAAUCACCGCAACCAUGGUUAUGGACAGAGACACACUAGAGAACGGCACACCCGUCGAAAAGAUCACAUCAUGGCUCAACCUUGGUAAAAAUGAUGACGGUCACUUCACCGUAGGUGACUGGACCGCGCCGCUCGUCCCCUUUAUCAAGGUCGUGUCUGCGUCCGCCGAGAUGCCUCACCCUCACGUCGUCUUCUCCUACACAGUGCAGCCAGACCACUGCAACCGCAUGAACAGCUUGCACGGUGGUUGUGCCGCCAGUCUCUUCGACUGGUGCACAACGCUUCCACUAGCUCUCAUCUGCAAGCCCGGAUUCUGGAUGUACAUGGGUGUCAGCCGCACACUCAACGUAACAUACAUGCGUCCUGCAAAGUCGGGCGAAGAGGUUCUGAUUGAGUGUGAAAUCAUUCAAGUCGGCAAGAAUCUCGCUACUCUCCGUGGUGUCAUGCGCAGAAAGAGUGACGGCCAGAUCCUCAGUGUUUGCGAGCACGGCAAGGUCAGCACCGAUCCCCCUGUCAGCAAGAUUUAGGUGGAUAAAUCAGUUGCUCUGCCAUUCCCAGACGACAUAGAAGGUAAUAUCAAGGUUCCAUUGUUACAAUAGACGCUAUCUGUACAUAUUUAAAGAGACGCUUCAUAAAUAAAAACUUCUUCUAGACU